AGGUCCGAGGUGACCGUGAGGAGCCGGCGCUGUGUAGCCCUCCUCACCAGCCCCUUCUUUGCAGGCAUGGCUGCCGGACGGUCAUUGCGAGCCGGAACCUGCAGCGAGUGUCGGAGGCCUCGAAAAAGUUGAUGGCAGCCACAGGCCAACAGUGCCUGCCUCUGUCCGUAGAUGUCAGGCAGCCCCAAACCAUUGUGGCAGCGGUGGAUGAGGCGCUGAAAGAGUUCAAGCGGAUUGAUGUCCUCAUUAAUGGUGCUGCAGGAAACUUUCUGUGCCCAGCCAGUGCCCUGUCCUUCAAUGCCUUCAAGACAGUGAUAGAUAUCGACACCAUUGGCACCUUCAACACCUCCAAAGUCCUCUUUGAGAAAUAUUUCCGGGACCACGGUGGGGUCAUCGUUAACAUCACAGCAACCCUGAGCUACCGAGGGCAGGCCCUCCAGGUGCAUGCUGGUACUGCUAAGGCUGCCAUAGAUGCCAUGACCCGUCACCUUGCUGUGGAGUGGGGACCCAACAACAUCAGAGUGAACAGUUUGGCGCCGGGCCCCAUUACAGGCACUGAGGGCUACCGGCGGCUGGGUGGGAAAUUUGCUGAGGAAGCAAGCCAGUUCGACAUGAUCCCCCUCCAGCGCGCAGGGAACAAGACAGAGAUCGCCCACAGCACGCUGUACCUGGCGAGCCCCCUCUCCUCCUACGUGACGGGCACUACCCUGGUUGUGGAUGGUGGGAGCUGGCUGACCUCUGCCAACAAUUUUCCCGCCUUGCUGGGUAUUGCUUCAUCCUCUGCUAAACUCUAG